GGGAAACGAGGGUUCAAAUGGGCAAGAACGUAAAAUCUGCGAUUUGGCCUCUUUUCCCUUCUCCCAUCCCUCUUCGAAGUUCAUCACGAUUCAGAAUUGAUUAGAACCCUAUCUGCUUUAAUGGUUGUUUACUGCAAAUAAUGAUAGAAGAAGCUAAAGGAAGUGGCUCACAGAAUUCAUUGGCAUAGUUUAUAAACAAGUUCUAUACAUUUGUUCGUUGGUCGAAAGUUUGUAGCUUGGGUCAUCAAAUUGUCGGGGCAAAAAGGUAUAUUGUUAUUAUGGAUUGGACAGAAAAGCAAGAAUGUGUAUUAUGUUGUAGAGGAGGCAAGCUCUUGGUCUGUAAUGGUGAUGGCUGCCCUAUAUCUGUCCAUAAAGAUUGCAUGGGUUGCGAAGCUUAUGUGGAUGACGCUGGCAACUUUCACUGUCCUUACUGUGUUUACAGACAACUCACAGCAGAAGCUUGUCAACUAAGGGAGAAGGCUAUGUUGGCAAAGAAAGCUUUGUCAACUUUCUUAGAGGAACAAAUGAGAGAUGGCAAUCACCAAGAGCCAAUAGUUGGGUUGGCUAAUAAAGAUAAACAGAUCUUAUCAGAAGACAAAGUUUGCUCGGUGGAUGGGAACAAACUGGUUUGUGAUGAUGUUCAAAAUCAACGUAUCAAUUUAGAGAAACAUCAGAACUCUAAAACCCCUUUACCGUGUGAAGAAACUCAUGACACCUUCGUAUCCGAACAAACUGAUGAGUUUUCUAACAGGCAUGGAGAGGUUCCUGGGAUUAAUAAUGUUAAUUCUUGUAGGGUGAUGGUUGUUUACAAACCAAACUCGAAUCUUAUCGAUGCAUGUGAUCUUGAUUGUAUUUCACGUAAACAAGAUAGGAUGAGAGCUGACCAAUUUAAGUCAGGUGUUAGCAAAAGGAUCAAAGUUGACAAUCGAACCAGAAAUGCUAAGCGCAAAUUUGAUGGAGUUGUUGACAAUCAACAGCAUACUACUUCCAUAGAAGAAGCAGCAGAGCCAAAAGAUGCAUGCAUUUCAUCAUCCACAAAGAAGGAAAUUGCUCACCAAAAACGAAAGCCUUUUGCAGCAUUCAACAAGAAUGGAGACAGUAGAAAAGAAGAAUGCAUGAUAGAACAGGCAGCAGAAACAUUGCUAUCCUUACCAAAUGGUAUGCACUUGCACUCAAAAUCUAAUAGCAAGAUCAAUAAUGAUUACUCAGACAGUAACAUUUUCUUGAAAGAUCGUAGUCGUUCAAGACAUGGACCAACCCAUUUGUUAGAUCAUCCAAAUGGUGCGACAAAGGGAUCUUUAGAAGCCAAGACUGGUGUGAUGAGUCAUACAGAAAGCAUUAACGUCAGCAAUCGAGGAGUGCUUAAAGAUUCUUCUAAGCAGCAGUUAGUAAUCGACAGGAGUAUGAGACAUAGAGCACAAUGGAGUGAAGAAGAAGAAGAGAUGCUUAAGGAAGGAGUUCAAAAAUUCUCACUAUUAACACGCAAAAACCUCCCUUGGAAGAAAAUAUUGGAGUUUGGGCGUCAUGUAUUUGAUGCAUCUCGCAAUCCUUCUGACCUAAAGGAUAAAUGGAGGAAUAUGGCGAAAUAGAACCGAACAGAAGCCACAACUUUUAGGUUAGUUUAGUUUAGUUACCGCGAAGAUGAUUAACUACAACUCACAUUUUUGUUUUGAGCUUCAUCUUUGUGGAAAUUUCGGGUUCAAGGAAGCAAGCAAGCAAACUAUAUCAACAGCAACUAGUGUAAUAUUUUUUUGAUCCCAUCCUCUAUACAUUAAGUUUAUGAACUAUUCAGUUUUUGUUCUUGACACUUAUUUAUCUCGGUUAACUGUUGAUGAAUUUCUCAAUAACACUA